AUGAAGUGUACCUUCUCUCAUGUCCUUGUGACUUUUAUCUCGUUACUUUUUAUAUUUGGAUGUUCACUAUCUUUGGUAGCGGAUGCUACUAAUAAUAAUAAUAAUACUACUACUGAAACUGCGGCGUUAACACCAUUCCGUUGUAUGCGUCCAUUUGGGUCACUUUCACGUUUUUCUCCAUCAGCGAUGAACGCAGCGGAGAACUGCAAGUUUGGAUCUUUUCGUAUUUUAAAUGCCUCAGCGGUCUUAAACUGUACACAUGCGAAGAGUACUACUAUGAGUAAUAUAGAUGGACAGUCUACACAGGCUGAAGAGAACGAUAAAAUGCUCGUUCCUGGAUGUAAUGCUGUGAUACGAAUAGUGUUUAAAAUGGAAGAAGAGAAUAAAUUUGGGACUACUGAAAGUAAUAAUGGUUUAGUGGAAAAUGAUAUUUAUCGUUUUUCAUUACAGCUUCGUGCUUUUAACGAUAGUGUAGUUCACUACAAGGGAUUUGAUCAGAAUGGUUAUAGUAUGUGUUGUGAUCUUAUUCAAGAAGGUGAGUGUGUAUGGGAGAAGAAUGGGAAUCUCUCUCAAACUGAAGGGAAAGAAAAUAUUUCAAAGAAUACAGAAACAUCAGAAAUAACAACUCCUCAAAGAGAACCAGUAGUGGUAUCAUGUCCACUUUAUAAUAAGAAGAUAGCAAAAGGUAAUGUUUUCCAUGGUUCUCUCAUCAAACCACUUCAUCGUCUUGCCGUUACAGAGUGGGAGGCUCGUCUGGAGUUUUGGCGAGGUGUAAAGAAUGAAAGAGAAGUACUGGGACGACUGUUGUUGCCCUUUAAACUUACAGAGAGUGAUUUAGCCUUCCUCAAUGAGUCUAAUAGAGAUAGAGGAACAACUGGGGUUUCUACUAAUAGCUGGAAUAAUGUUGGAGCAUUGGUGGAAGGAAAAAAAGAAGGAGUGAAGGAAUUUAAUAGAGAGGAUGACUUGUAA